AUGAGUAAAUUUAUCCAAAAUAGUUUCUUAAAACUCCAAAAUUUGGGAAAAUUGGCAAGUCAAGGUGGAGCAAAGGAUACAAAUGAAACUUACUAUGAGCUUACUUCCGAUCACAUUUCACAAAUCCUUGAUGGACAAGUUUUAGAUUUUAGUGAUUCUCACUUCCAGUAUCUAAAUAACUUAGUCAAUCAUGAUUGGAAGAAUUUGGCGGGAAAAUUAAAACAAAAAUUUUUAACCUCAAAUUUUACAUUUCAAAAUGAAAGUUUAAAGUUUGAAAAAUUGGCAGAAAUAAGUUCGGAAGUCUUUAAUUCAUUAAGUUCUGAGCAGAUUGUGGAUGUGUUGGAUGGGAAGGAACUAGUAAUUGGAAGCAUGAUUCAGAAUAGAACAGAAUUUUAUGUUGAGAGAAGAUUUAUAUUUCGAGGAUCAGAAAAUGUUAAACCAGAUUUUACUUUCUUUAGAAACGUUGCACAUUCAAUGGAUGAUAUUAUUUACUUGGCAACUAGAUUGAGGGUAUUUAUACUUUCAUCCGAUGCCGGUUCUGGUAAAACAGUAGCUUUUGAGCAAUUUACAAUGAGAAUUAAACGAGAAUAUCCAACGCGAUGGGUUUCGUACGUAGAUUUAAAAUUUUAUGAUUUAAAUUUUGAUGAAAACGACACCGAAAAACUUUUACACAAAAUUUUAAAUCUUAAUUUAAAAAAUGAUUUUGAAUUGAAAAUCUUUGAUGAGCUUUACAAGUCAGGCAAUGUUGUGCUGCUUUGGAAUGGAUUUGAUAAAAUUCCUCUGACUAAAGUUUUUGAUAAAAUUUACAAAACAACUCAAAACAUUCAAUUUGUCAGUUGUAGACCAUCGCAUUUUGGUGAACUAGAAAAACUAUUCAUAAAUAGAGCUUACCAAUUAAUACCUUUUAAUCUAAUCGAGCAAAAAGAAUUUUUAACGAAAUUUUUUAUUGCUCAAAAUUUGAUGAGCUCAAAAAUUGAUGAAUAUGUCAAUAUAGUGCAGGAUAUGGCAACAACAUACAACUUCAGCACGCCAUUUAUGUUAAAAGUAAUUGCUUACUAUGAGCUUACUUCUGAUCACAUUUCACAAAUCCUCGAUGGACAAGUCUUAGAUUUUAGUGAUUCUCACUUCCAAUAUCUAAAUAACUUAGUCAAUCAUGAUUGGAAGAAUUUGGCGGGAAAAUUAAAACAAAAAUUUUUAACCUCAAAUUUUACAUUUCAAAAUGAAAGUUUAAAGUUUGAAAAGUUGGCAGAAAUAAGUUUGGAAGUCUUUAAUUCACUAAGUUCUGAGCAAAUUGUGGAUGUGUUGGAUGGGAAGGAACUAGUCAUUGGGAGCAUGAUUCAAAAUAGAACAGAAUUUUAUGUUGAGAGAAGAUUUAUAUUUGAAGGAAUAGCAAUUAACUUAGCAAAUAUAACAUACUAUAUAAACGUUGCUGACACAAUGGAUGAUAUUAUUGAUAAAACACUUAGAACAAGAGUUUUUAUUCUCUCAUCAGAAGCAGGUGCUGGUAAAUCUGUGACUUUUGAGCAAUUAGCAAUGAGAAUUAAGAGGAAAUUUCCAUUACGAUGGGUUUUAUACAUCGAUCUUAAGGAUUACAAAAGUUUUUAUAACACAAGUUUAGAAAAUGUUGUAUUUGUUGAUAAUAUAAAAGAACUUUUGCAUAAUAUUUUAAAUUUAAAUUCAUUAAAUGAAUUUGAAAAGAAAAUAUUUGAUGAGCGCUUAAAGUCAGGUCAUGUUGUGCUGCUUUGGAAUGGCUUUGAUGAAAUAUCUCCGACUUAUAAUUCAUUUAUUUCGAUUGUUUUGAAAGAAAUUUAUACAAAAACAAAGAUUGUUCAAUAUGUAAGCACGCGACCAUCGUAUUCAGUCCAAUUGCAAGGAAUAUUCAAUAAUAAAGCUUAUCAGCUAAUACCAUUAAAUUCAGAUGAACAAAAGGAAUUUUUGAGAAAAUAUUUUAUUAUUCAAAACAUUAAAAGUAUGAAAAUUGAUGAGUAUGUUGAAAAAAUUCAUAAUAUAUCAUUGACGUAUGCCUUCAUUACUCCAUUUAUGCUAAAAGUAAUUGUCAGUGGCGGGCAAUCUUAUUUGAGUCGCGACACAUUUUAG